AUGUUCAACCGAUUUCAAAGUGGAGAUGUCCAUGGCCAGCAUGGCCAGCAUGGCCAGCAUGGCCAGGUGGGUGCACUUCGAGUGGUUGUCUUUUUGGAGGAAGCUGGGGAAGACGAAUGGGCUUCAGCAGAAAUGGUGGUUUCACUGUUGGUUUUUGGAACUUUGGUGGGCUCAUCAGAUCGCAACGUUGCAAAGUCGGAGAAGGCGCCAGCAACUUUCGGCCCCGCUGUGGCGGCGGUCAAGUCGCAUCGUCAGGUCAGAAAUCCCAAAGAGGGGCAGGAUGACCUCAUAGCACCUUUGAAGGGGGCCUAUGAGUUGGAGAUGUGGAGGCAAGCGGAGGAGGAGAAGUUUCGGGUCUAUCUACUCGAACAGGAGCAAGAGCUUCAGGACAGGCUUGAAGAGGAAUUCCGACAGAAGGAGGAGUUGCGAGCCGCAGAUUUCGCCGAACGCAAGGCAAAGCUGCAGCAGUUGGAUGGCAAUGUGAGAAGGACGUUGCAGGAGCUGCAAGAGAGAGAGCUUGCAGUGGUAGCAGAGGAGACAAAGGUGUCUACCCUGAAAGAGGAGACGAAGCGACGCAUGGGCAUGGCUGUUUCUCAACAUGAGGAUGCAACCAAGCGCGAGGCGACCGAAGCAGAGCAUCGCUUGGAGCUCUCCCGGCAACGCAGUCAAUUUCUGGAAGAGCAAUGUCAGAAGUUGGAGACGAAGCUGGAAACCCAAGUGUUGAAAGUCUCUCUGCUGCAGGAGAAGCAGUUGGAACGGCGGCUUCCGCCCGAGGCCACAGCGUCAGCACCCUCUGACUUGAGCGAGGAAUCCUUUGGGGCCUUAGCAAGGCUUGCAAAAAUCCAAGAUUGGCGACUUUUCUACAUGCGCUCGAAACUACACAUGCAUAUGCAUGUGCAGCUGGAAAUGGAAUACCAACUGGAAGACGGCGCUGAGUGGAUCUUGAACCCGGCAUGUGAAAUGACAUGGAGCGAUGAGGACUACAUUGGAAAGGAUCCCAGCAACUCUCGAGAUCUCCGCGUUGAUGUGGUGGGACGAAAGGUCACGGUAGGCGGAAUCAAGAGCUUCAAGCCCGAGAAAAUGACGUACGCUGAUCCCUUCCUGAUCAUCGGUGCUGGUCACAUCGGACUGCGACACGGCCUGUACCUGCUGCAGCGUGGUUUCAAGGACUUUGUCAUCGUCGAUCGCCGAAACAAGGUCGGGGGAACUUCCUGGAUUUCGCAGGCCAACAAGACCUCAAAGCUCCAGACUGAGCUGGGGACCUACCACUUACAGUUCGACGAAAUCAAUGAUGUUCCCAAAGACAUGAGCACCUGGCCUUCGCGCGAUGAGUUGCUGGAGCAUUUCCACAAGGUGAGUGAGGAGUACGGCCUCAUGCCCUAUAUCAAGCUUUGCACCAAUGUGACCAAAAUUGACAUCCAGGGGAAGAAUAGUGGCGAUGGUCCUUUGGGCAAGGCGUAUUUGGAGGCCACCCUGGAGAGCUAUAGCGGGGUGGAUGCUCCUGAGCCCACGGGCAAAGGUUUGGAAAGCUUCAAUGUGAGCUGCGCCUUCAUGUACCCGGGCAACUUGUCGUUACCGCGGCAAUACUCCUACCAUGGUGAGGACGACUUCGGCGGAGUCAUUGAGUAUGCCAUGUUUGACAAUGUCAACUAUGACGAGGUGGCACGUGGCAAGACGGUCAUGAUCGCCGGACAUGGUGCCUUUGGUGUGGAAAACAUACGCACCUGCUGUGAAUUUUCAACGAAGAAGAUCUAUUUAGUUUGCAGAAGGAAAAACUUGGCGUGUCCACGAGUUUGUUCCUGGCUUGCGAAUCAGUCCAAUCCGCCUAUUUCAGGAGCUCUUUUUAUGGAAAGCAUGGUGCCGGCUUAUCAGUUGAUUGGCUUCGAUCCCUGGGAAUACCACUCGGUGAUGGCCAAUGCACAAAGAACCUCAGCGCACAUCAACCAGAAGUCCCGCUUUGGGAUUGGCGAUGUUUAUUUCCUGGCGUUGAGCAUGGGGAAGUGCGAAGUCGUUGUGGAUGAUGUGAAGCGAUUGUCGCCAGGGAAGGUUCACCUGGAGUCCGGUCGAGACCUGAAGGUCGACACCAUCCUGAAGGUCUUUGGCUUCACAGGUCUCUAUGAGGUGGAUCGGCUGCUGAAGAUCAAGACCAUGCACGGCUGGUGGGCUGAGGGUGACAACCGUCGCCACAUUGCCAGCGAAAAUCCUGGGGUCUAUGCCGGGAACUUUGCAAGCACGAGCCUGUCGCCAGGUGCUUACAGCUGGUCGCAGACAGCGACUCACAUGAUGUGGCACCCCAAAGACUGGCUGCGCUUGAUGCAGAGUUCGCAGCUGCCGCAGAACGUGGCCGACGACAGCAUCUCCAGGCCUGCAUAUGUCUUGGAUGCCAAGACCGGGCUGACCAUGCAGUUCACCAUCCCCUCCAUUUGCCCCAGCCUGGGUGAAUUGCAAAUGAACAAUGGCAAUGUCAAGCGGCAAAAGCAGCUGCUGUGCCAUCCGUUGCGAAAGUUCUUGGAGGAGUGUGCAAGCGAGUGGGAUGAGUAUGGCAAGGCCUGGAAAGCGGAAGAUCCCAGUUUGAAGGAUCCGCCGCCAUAUCCCUACACUCAAAAGAUGGUGGAAGACUACCUUCGUCGAUCCGAGCAAUGA